AUGGAUGGCGUUAUCGUUAUUUUUGUAAAUAUUCUUAUUAGUUCUUCCUUCAUAUCAUCGGCAAAAAGUACGUCUGUUUUUAAUGUUUCAUGUCUAUUGUCAUGGUAAUGAACUAUUGCCUGUUGAGAAUCUGUUUGGUUAACUUAACCAGUCCCGACGUUAAUUAACAUUUAAUAGCAAUUAAUUACUGUCGCUGUGCCGUGUGCAGCGGCCGAGAACGCCAAGGGUAGCACACACCAAAGUAAGAAAACGCUGAGAGGAGAUAUUGACGGAGAUAGAUCUGAACAGAACGGUUAGCAUAUCUUGGUACGCAUCCAUACACACGAGAAAAAAGUACGUAGAGUAAGUGAUAUAGUAUAAUAUAACGAGGUGGGCACGGGAAAUGCGUUUUAUAAUUGUUAAUAGUACAGGCAGGAUGGGCUCCAACUGUAGAAUAACCUGUCUGGGUGAAGUGGCGAUACCGACAUGCCAGCUAAUUAGCCAGUGGGGAACGCAGCGCUGUGGGCAACUGCAGGGGAGUGCCGAGGGAGAUGCUGACGUAGAGAAGAGAAGAACGAUACGCACGUCAAGGUAAGAUGCGGGGAAGGGGUCGGCGGAAGUGGGAGGAAGGGAUACCGCUCAUCUUCACCAGCACGCGGUUACGCCAUCUCCACCCUAGGUCAGCGCGCCGAAAAGUGUUACAACAUUCAAACAAUACUGUUCAUGUCGUGGGGCGCUACACGUGUUAAUACUUCUCCUAGGGUCUGGGCUUCAUAGGGACAGACGUUGUCAUGGCUAUCUCCAUUGUACCCCAGUGCAAUGGGGCAAUCUAUCUCUGGCUUUCUCACCGAGAUCACAAUACAGAAGCUAGAGGCCAUGGCUCUUCCGUUAUUUCAUCCUUAAAUUUGGCUGCAACAUUUAGACGACACAUUUGUGAUCGUUAAUAAGGAUUGAUUGAAAACUGCUCAUAGCACUAUCAACUCAACGAUUCCGGGCACUAAGUUAACAUUCGGGAAAGAUGUUGAUAAAACCCCCAUUUCAAGGUGUUCUCGUACAGCGGAAGACCGACAAAACAUAGCGCAUAUCGGUGUACUACAAAGCAACAUAUGUGGAGGUCAUUCUAUUAUAUGAGAGCAACCACAUUACUUCUCGCAGACUGAGCACGGCCUACAGUCUGCUUAGUCUAGCGAAGGCACUUUGUUCUGACGAAGAGGUCUACCGAUCAGAGCUAAGUUACUUGUGUGAAUAAUUCAGAUGUUAACUGUUGUUAGCAGAUUUGCUUUCCGUUUGCGUCUGACGACGAUCUGGACGGUCGGCGUCGAGAAUUUGCGCAAUGAAGUUCCUUUUCCCAAAAACGCAUUUGAAAAAGUGAACCAUAACUGAAACCCUCAACACCCCCUAACUUCUGGCACCCAUCUAAACACGCUACUCACUCCCUUACAUGGACAUUUGUUCCGUCGACGUGACCUCGAUAUCCACCAACGCUCUAGUGCAAUUUUCCCACCCCCAACAUUCAUUUCCUCUGACAAGGGGUUUGUGUAACCAGCUUGGUUUUCUGACAUGCCGUCUACUUUUAUUGUAUCAUCUCACAAUACACACUACCUCCGUGAUUCAUAUAUGAGGUAGAACAGCAUUUCCGACUAAGGCGAGGGAGACUGGAAUGGCGAUUUCUGGCUUAUUAGCCGUCAUAAACCAGCCAUGCUCAACCCCGAAGUACGGAACGCCUGAGACUCGAUUCCGGGGCCCGUUGGUUAGAAGUCCAACGCCACUAACCGCUUACUCACGAUCUCGUUGUCCUUUCGGUUGCGAUCGGCCAUAUUAACAAUGGUAAAGGGGCGCUCACUGAUCGCGUUACGGGACCCACUCGUCGCGUUGUGCCUUGGAGCCUAAUUUCGAGUCCCGCUAACAGCCGCAAUGCGGCCAGUAUUAUGGACAGAAUGACAUUGCCGACAAAGGCAAGGGAGACUGGAAUGGCUUCGAGGGUUGCACACCUCGGGAUUUAGGUAUGACUGGCUGAUGACGGCUAACGAGCCAGAAUCGGUCAUUCAGGUCUCCCGUGUCUUCAUAGGCAAUGUCAUUCUGCCCAUAACACUAGCUACUGACGGGGCUGGAGAUCGAGCCCCGGGACAAAGCGGAGCGAGUGCGUCCCAUAACGCGAUCAAUGAGGGCCAGCCUACUAUAUAGACAUAUAUUUUAUGCAAUAAAUUAAUUUUUCAUCGCAACAAUUUACUUCAUUUUUACGUUUACUACUCAUUAGUCAAAUGUUAUAGAAGACUUCUGGCCGUAGGAGGAAGGAGAGACAAUUUCUCUAAACUAUAUCGGUUUGCCUUUUGUUUUUAAUACAACAACACGUUCUGGCAGCAUAGGUCGCAUACGCUGUCAUACCUACAUGGGUAUGUUCAAUGAGUAGAUUGCCAUGUAGAAAGAAUUGUAUAGGCAAACCACUUUCUAUUUUCUUUUCGGAGUAUUUGGAUGGACUGGGCCACCUAUUAACAUCCUGGCCGUUUUCCUUGUCUUAUGGAUGGGUCUUAGAAGGUUACCAACUGACGAGACAACUCGGACCUCGCAGUCAGCCUAGUGUGUGUUUGUGUGGAGUGGCCGACUGGUGGGAUCCGAGCCGGAUGUGGCGGCAGCGCCAGCUACCACUCCGCCGCGGCCUCUCCCACCUCCGAUCUUCUUUACUUAACUAUGACAUCGGGUCCAGGUGGGGGAGGAGAGUGCUGUAGGUGGUGCGUAAGUCUAUUAUCACUAUAAACUAAUGUGCGCGUAAGUCACCGUCUCUGCUCUCACUCUGCUGUGGAACCCACGGUGGACAUCGUCGAAAUCUACUGUCAUACCCACUUUACACAUUGUGGCUUUCUUCCCCGUUGUGCUCGCUUAGGUGAAUAAAGGUCGACAUGAAAGCCCUUUUCCGUUAAUUAUUGUUAAUUAUACUGCUGACGUAGUAUGUUUCAGUCUCCUGUUUGCCUAAUCAGCAUCUCUUGUGGUCAUUAAUAACCAAGUGGUCAUCCUAGUUAUCAAAUAAAACGCUAGUAAUAGCCGUCUAUUCGAAAUUAAUAAUUUAUUGUUUCAGGAGUACCCCGUGUUCAAGUGUUCGAUCUGAUCACACGAGCACAUUCCUGGUCCUUUAUCUUGUCGCCAACAAAACAUUCCAUCGGUGCCUAGUUUACCUGAAUUCUGCUUUUUUACAUGCUAAAGCGCAUUCUUUGAUUUGACGAAUGCUAACUAUCAGUAGUUUAGUUUUCGACCGGCAUGCAGUUCUUGUUUAUCUCCUCCAAUCCCACUUCCAUAUGUCAUUUUAGAGUUUAGUGAUAUUCUCAGUCAUUAUGAAAUUAUAAACAAUCCCGACCUAUCAAGAAAUUAUUCGAAUCUUCGCUUUCUCGAUGUACGGUUGCAAAUUUUCGGCAAGUAAGAUAAUUCUUUUUGUUUACUGUUUAUUCUCUAGGGACCUCACAAUUCAUCUUUCUCGGACUUUGUCUAAUUUUGAUAAGAAUGCCUUGCAAAUACACCUUCCUGAUAACGAUCCCUUCGAUACGACCAAUAUUGCUCUCCCGGACUUCUUCAAGGGACACGUAAUCGAGAUUACGUCCUCUUCUGCUUAUGCCCACGUAAAUCCAAAAGGAGAAUUUUCAGCAACUCUUAUUCUUUCGGACAGUGUGAUCAUAAUAGAGGUGAGAAAGUGUCUUUUUCUUAGUGUCGGUUCCAUUUAGCCUCUUACAGUUUAUCAACAGGACAGCUCCGAUGGGAAAUUAAUUGUUUAUCGUCUUAAUGAUGUCCGGAAUUUCAAUUUGUAUGUCUUACUUUAUCCGUCUCUCUUAGCCUGCGCCAGCUCCUCUGCUGAUGACAUAUUCCCGUCUCCACCUUCAGCAGACCAUGCUAACCCUGGUGCUCGUAAGUAAUACCACAAUCAUUUUGCGCGACCUUCAUAAUAAUCAAACUUUCCACGCGACCGGCCUUCACACUUUUUUUUACCAAUACAGUGAUGCGAGCUUACGAAGAGGAGGGGGCAUAUUUUUCUGAUUCCUCAGAUGCACGCAACCUUUAUUUAGCAUCUGAAAGAUGGUAUCAAAUGAAACUAGACACUGUAGGCCACCCGAAGGCAGUAGUCGAAAUCCUCUUAUUCUCUGUUAAAAUUUUGACCGUCGCAAGGUGCGAUGUCCACCGUAUGCCCCGCAGCAUGGUACACGCAGGGCCGGUUACUCGCACGUGAAUUAGUUUAUAAAGUUACGAUAAUUCCAGUGAAAGGAUUCAGAAGACCAGUUGGCGGGUAGACGCGUGCUUUCGCUAAAUCCUCAUCGGGCCAGUACAUCUAAAUGGGAACGAGGUACAUGUGAAACAUUUGAGACAAGAGAAGCCGAGUGAAGUCCGUCUUGGCAUGCAAGUAGGGUUUGGGAACAGGGGAGGGGAGGGGAUGAGUAAGAGCCAGCGAGUUAGGGGGACAGGGGAAGGGCCCAGGGACGCUUCCAGUUAACCGCCAUCCCCCGCCGUUCCGCUAAGUCUCGUCGUCUCUUAUUCAUCCGCUCCUCUCCCCUGUUCCUACAGCCCACUUGUAUGAAAAGACAGACUACUUAAUUUCUGUUAUCUCUCACAUGUUUUGCUUGUACCCCGUUUCCGCAUAAAUGUACUAACCCGAUAAGAAUUUAUUGAAAGCACACAUAUGCUCGCCAACUGGUCUUCUGAAGUAGUUUAUAGUGGUGUGCAACAUCUACCGGACUCCUUCCUCGCCCACCAACCUGAGCCCAAUAUCUACAUCGAGUUAAGAAGACUGCAGUGACUGACAAAGCUAAAAAACCCGUCCGCGCGCGUGUCAUACACGCCUGAUCCGGGCACAAAGAACCAGGGUCUCAUAGGAACAAGGGGAGACUCGACACCGCUCUGAGUGAGAAUGUAAUAGGAGCCGCAUUGGGAAAGAGGCAUUGCAGCCUGAUUCUCCAUCCUGAGAGGACAGAGUUAUCCCGUCAGUUGGCGGCCUUCCAUGCUCCGGCCUUUAUGGCACCGUGAUAGUUUAAAAUCGUGUCGCAACCGCAACACUCUACUAUUCAUACAUCCAGACGCCUCAUUAAGUACAUUCCCAUCAUUUCAGACAGACUCCCUGUACACAGGAAUUGGUACGCAAAGUUACGAAAGCCAGUUGGCCUGACUAAUGAGCUAAUUCGGCCAAUUUUCAGUAAUUAAUUGGACGCUGGAUGAUCUUAUACGUCCAGAUAUUCACAAAGGGAACACAUUAUCUCGACUAUUAUAAUUACUUUCGGCGAAUUUAAACCGCGGUAUGCGGUGCUGAAUGCAACUUUCGUGAGCCUUAGCUAAAACUGGUCCGAAGCAUAGUAACGUUGACUGCAAUGUUCGCAUCAACAGCACUUGAUGCGGUCACUACCAUUAGCCAAAAUCUAUCUAUUAAAUCCCCUCUUUUGCAUUAUUCAGCCGUUUGGCGCCGAACGCAUCGCAGUCUUCCCGAAAAGCGUAAACUCUGUGGCCUGCAUUUCAUCGCCGACUACAGUUUCUUCUCCAAUAUUGGUAGAAGGGAUCAUGCGAAGACAGUGGACAUACUGGUACGUUUUCCUGCCUCUACAUAUUCACGCCCUUUAGAUAAAAACAUUUAACCGAGUGAACGAGAUAUUUCUUUCAACUGUUUUCUAUGACGAGGAUGAACGCCCAGUAACGGGUUAUGGAUUUUACCUGAAAGGGGUAAGUUACCUCAGUAAAUUCCUGAUUUUUCGCAUUUUUGGUGAUGCUCACCGGAGACAACCAAGGUGGUAGUGAACGCUUGACAUCUUACUCUAGCUAGCGCGCCUUUUGCGUGACUAUAAUAGCCUCGAGUUUGGUAAAAAGAGGAAACGGCUGCCGAACGCUAUCUGCUAUGCUCCUCUUCCUCUUGGAAAGGAUGUUCGACUUGGAUUGGAUUCGAGAACCUCUUUUGCUGGUUUGUAAAUAAGGAUCUGUAUAUGUACUUGUCAUAUUCAUUCUUUAAUUUGCCUAAAUAUUGCCUAGGAGAUUUGAUGUUUUAUAAAGCAAAGGGUUAACUUACGAUUGGCCGACAAAGAGGAUCUGUGAAUCAUAUUACCGUUUGUUGUCAACAGUCGAGGGGAGCGUCUCUCAUACAAGCCUGAAUUUAAACGGGAUUUAAGUUUAAGAUUUUCGGACGCAUUCGCUGACGUAACCGUUGCUACAUGUUACUUAUUAUGCGUUUUAUUCGUUUUAAAUCUAGAUUACGAUUGAAUCGAUUAGUUCUGGGGCCUUCUUAGAUAAACUAUCACCACGAAAACUUCUGCAUGUAAGUUUCUUCUUCGGUUUUUAGCACCAAUAGAUCACACAACAACUUGCAUUUGACUGUUUUUGGUCCUGAUUCACCCUUUCUCACAGUUUGCCAUCUCCUUCGCUAGAAGCACCCUACUUUCCUAUACAAUUGUCAUCUAGCUGAUUUUUUGCCGUCUUUCCCAAGUAACAUGUUCCACCGUCAACGUCCGCUUGCUAGUCCGAAUUCUUUUUGUGCAUAAUACAGGGUCUACACGACAGCCCCCUAAGAGCCUCAAUGAAGGAUCCCUAAUAACAAUUCUGGCCAGAAUGUAAGCAGAGGUUUAGAAUAAUCCACGCAGAAUCUACGCCGAGAUUGUCACUUAAUUCUGUUCAGAAUCUGUGUCGAGGCCCGGCAUAGAAUCGGCGCAGAGGCUCGGAACAAAAUCUGCGCAGAAAAUUCUAAUCUCGCGUCUUAAUAGCCCCCCCACUAAAGCCGUUUCCCCUCCUUUUUAUGCCCGCAAUGCCAACCUAUCCCGUAAGCAGUAGAAGUAAAGGCGACUAAUGGGGUUGUUUUUAUUAAAUUUUUUUAAAAAAAUAAUGCGGAAUGUACAGGUAUACAGCAAAAAUGUGCACAAUCAGGUACAAAGUAGUCUUUAUGUAAGAAUGUAAAAUUGUCUUCGUUAACAUGUGCGCACAAGCCCUUCUACGUCUUUGAUGAGGAGCCAGACGGUCGAGGACGCCGAUUACUGUCGACUUCGUCCGCAUCUUCUAAAAGAAAUUGUAACAGAAAUAUGAAUUGCAAUAAGUCGGAGCAUGAAGGGUUAACUAACCGUCCACUUGAUGUGAUGUCGAUAAUUUGUUCGCCCGUUUUUGUAGGCGGUCAUAGACCCUCCGGAAAACGAUUCGGAACAUUUUCUCGAGUUGUGGGCGAUCCGAAUUGUUUUCGCCAUUCCAUCUUGUAAAGACAUCUGUUUAGGAAUAUGGCAAAUGCGGAAAAUAAUGCUUGUCAUACCCAGGACUACUGCGUAGGCAGCGGAGCCAUAGAAGGCGCGCUUGCCCCAUUGUCCACCAUAAAAUGUUGAGUGAUUCGUGAUUUCGUCUGCAAACAGGACCAUGAACAAUCGAUAAGCGAAUACACUUAUGUUCUCCCUCUCUCCCAAAACUAGACAAAUGAGAAAUCUCUCGGACAAAUCUGAAGGUCAUACGAAACUUACCACCUGCUGCCGAAAGGCAGCAUCCGACAAAUCACCUGUAAGAACUUCUACAUCCGGUAAGGUUGCCAUGAGCUUGAAAAUGGGCCCCGCAGGCGUAGAAGCGGACGUAGGCGUUGAGGAGGUUGCUCUUCCCUCCGAUUGGGCUUCCAACUUCAAAGCAAUCUCGUGCAGCCGCCUCGUGUUUUCUUUGCUAUUUGCAAUGAUCCAUCGUAGGAUGGCCCUAAGCUUAGACCACAUUUCGUGCGACGGUACAUGUCUUCUUCGACGCCCAUGUUUAUGGCUCUUAUGUCCUACGAACAACAUACAUGAAUGUAAGGCAAACACCUUUUUCUGUGGGAGACAAGGCCAACGGCAAGGUUGAGCUUGGUUCUGUAUUUUCGGAAUCGGACUGCUAAAGAAAACGGAAAUAAUGUAAUUAACAAUCCUACGGAAGUCGAUGGUAUAUAUAUCGUCAUCGUAGAGAUUCUUGGCUGCGCGCUUCGGUCGCUUUUUCCUUGGACUGUCUUCUUGGGGGGGGACAUGAUACUCUACAACCCAACAGGAAAAGGCUUAAGAUAUCGUGUUUAAGAUAUCUUAAACCUUCUUGGAGACCUAUUAUUGGAAAAUAGGUUCAGUAGAACCAUCAGCCGCCUUCUGUCAUCGGAGUGAAUGCUCCUUUUACGAGAGCCUUAACGUUAAAAAUUCUUUCCCAAGAAUAAGCACCUGUCAGUUCUGUUUUAGCGGUAGUAAUCUGUUAAUCACUCAGUUGUUGUUCAUACUCAAUCGUGUGAACCCUCCGGAAAGCAUUUAUGCGAUGGCACCGAAGAUCGUUGGAGUUUUGGUGUUGCUGCUGGGUUUGAUGGUUCGCCAGGUUCUCUUUCAGAUAUCACGCCGUUUCUUGUCCAUCUGCCCCACCCGACUGCGGUUGCAUUAUUUUGGUUUCCUAGAAGAUGAUGGCGUGUAAGCUGGUAGACGGGGGAGACACCUAUUCGCCGGUUACUCGAGCUGACUCCUUAAAACCGCGUCACCAACUCAAGUCAUGCCGUUUUUGUGCUGCCUCAGCUUCGGAUAGCCUUUGGCAAGCGGUUUAAAGUUGGGCCCGAUUUCUUUUGUGCAGCUUGCAUUCCUCCGAUGGUCAAUCGACACACUUACCCGAAACACAUGCUUGAUGAUACAUACUUUCAACAGAACUCUUCUUCCCCAAAGUAUUAUCUUGGCACCCUCAUCCUUUCUUGCGCAACCUGUAGCUGUGUUCCUUUUCGCCGUAUGUGAGGUGCCGUUGCAAUGGGUGCGAUUGUAUUGCCACGCAUUUAGGGACUAGUUUGCUUUUUGCUGCCCACUAACCCCAUUUAGUUCUACCGUUGCCCGUUUUGCUAUUGCCUCAUAAAGUCUAUUCACUCCUUUACCACAGACUUUUAGUCAAAGAUCCUUCGGUGAGGCUUGUCUCAUCCAUCUGUUUACAUAUUCACCCAAUCUCUUCGGCGUUUUGGGCAUGUCUUGGAUGGCCAGUCCAGCCAUGCAGCACCUCGGCGGCGUCUGCUCUCCUCCCAGUGAGUCCCCCUGUAACCCCGCGCUGAUCGGCAUCUAUCAUUCGGAUGUUUUGUUGUAAACUCUUUGCUGGACAGUCCUAGACGUUCGUAGACCUGUCCACAUCUUCCUCGAUAGUCAGUAUUUGGAGUGCGCAGUAAAGGAUAGUAACUUCGAAGAAUUGAUGGCUGCAUGAUAUGGCUAUUCUACACUGACCUUGUCUGUCCCCGAGCUGUCAUCUGUAGCCUCAGGUGGGCACACCCAGAGGCAGCUUUGACAGGUCGGUUAAUGCAGUUCACUGACCUAACCAGGGUCUAUAAAUUUGUGUGCACCCUAAUGCGGCUAUAGGGGAGGGACCAGUUAUGCUGAAACACGCCUAUAGGGGAGUUUUAUGCCAGGCCUGUCAUUCCACUAAGGUACUGAACAAGCCGUCACACCUUUGUCUGCCACUUGAACACCACGAGUGCGGGAGGAGAUUGAGAUCUGUUAUGUAACCAUUUACCAGUCUGGCAGCACAGGUGCUAGAUCUAUGCUGCCUAGGUGCUCCCCAACAUAACCCAAUUUGCGCGCGAACCACUGCCGCUCCCGGUAGCUUCAUCGAGUUCGUGACACUGGCCCACUUUUACUGCCAUGAGUCUUGCUUACAAGUCAAAGGCAAGAGAUCACUGUCAACCUCAUCCUUCCUAGGUGUUGCCGAUGCUGAAGUACUGGCCGCCAACACAGGUUUCACCUCCUUCUCCGAUUCAGACGGCACACAGGUACUGAGUAGUCUAGCCGAGCUGGUAACCGCGCACGAGUUGGGGCACUCACUCGGUGCUCCACACGAUCCCAACACCGCGGAAUGCAGUCCAUCGGCUGCGGAAGGUGGAAAAUUCUUGAUGUACACAUAUGCAGUCUCCGGCUAUUCUCCCAACAACUACGUAAGUUGCCCCUCCUGUCUUUUCUUUCCAGUGCUUUAAGCAUUGACCAGCCACUAGGUCCAUUGCUGUCUCAAAUCGAUAUACAAUUUCGAUUUGCGUUCACCCGGAAAGGUAAAUCGGACAGUACCAGGUUGGCAGGGUCCAGCGCCCUCCUUUAGAGACUGAAACAUUAAAUAAAGCCCACGGUUUUCCUUUACAAUGGGACGUUUAACCUAGCCUAUGUUUAUUUUGGCUCCACUGCGAAAAAACUAGGCAAUCUCGGUGGGAUUCGGACCCACGACAGAAGGUGGAAGGCUUAAGUACAGCCAACACUAUAACCACCUUAGCUACAAGGCCCCACCGGGAGCCGUGAGUCUAAUCACACACAUUCUAGAUGUUUGGUAUCAACCCCGAACGCCGGUUUAAAUUAUUUCCCUUUUCCACCGUACUUCCGUUCGCUCUAAUUUGGUUGUACUUCUUCGGCGAUGACGAACGACUCUUUAUGUUAAAAGUUCGUUACUAACUCCAUUCAAGUUUGGUGCACAGCAUGCUUUCUCCGUGCCAAUUUACCAGCUUCACCUAACAGCCUGUCCCUGUUUUUCCACCAGCUUUUCUCACCCUGUAGCCGUCGGGCUAUGAGUAAAGUUCUUCUCUCCAAGGCCCCCUUAUGCUUCGAGGAAGAAGUUGGUAUUCCGAUGAACCAGUGUGGCAACUCUAGAGUGGAUCCGGGUGAGGAAUGCGAUCCCGGUCGUUCUGUGACCUCUGACUGCUGCACGACCUCGUGCAAACUGCGAGCCGGCGCCCAGUGUUCGCCUUUGAACCACAACUGCUGCACCAGGGGUAAGGCUUAAAUCCAUCAGCUGGUUUUUUGUCUCUAGCAGAUCCUCCCAAAGAUGGCGGAUUAAGACACUGUUUCUUGUGGUCGGACGUUAACAUCAGAUUCAUUGUCCAAACCUGCGCUUGUGGACUCGAACAUCUCAUGUUUAUUUUGGAUAGCAUUGUCAAAGCAUUAAAGUACGUUUGCUCACAGUGAACCUUACUCAUGACGACAACGGGAAACCUUUUAACUUUCGCAUUUCAUAACCCCUAAAAGUUCAGCAGGGAGUUGUCCAUGAAGCCUCAAGUGGAAAAAAAGUUGCUGAGCAAAAUUGUCCAGACUUCUCAGUUUGGACAUUCUGUGUUCCAUCGGGCGCAUCCGUUUUCUGGUUGUAGAAUAAGAAUCGUAAAUGCAGGACGAAAGGUAACCAAUCACUUUAAGAGCACCAGGAUUUGAACGUCGCAUGUGAAAGACCCGAUUUGGGUCCGUGAGUACUACUGAAAGUUUUUGGCUUUCCGAACCCGCUUGCUUUGUUGAUUUUCUCAGUUCAAAUACUGCUGGCAUGUCAACUCGGCUUACGUGCAUCCUCAUGACAGACUCGAAACGUCAGCGCUAUCCGUACCCAAUUUUUUCAUUGGGCUACCACUUGUUGCCACUGUUUAUUUGUGUCUUUUCUACAGACUGUCAGAUCGCGCCGAGAGGGACACUGUGUGCUGAGACCAGCGCCAUUAGCACCUGUCUAGAGCCCGGUGUUUGCGAUGGGGAGGCGCCCACCUGUCCUGGGCCUUCGCCCUCAUCGUCAACUCGUUGUCACGAACACGGUUACUGCGAUAAGGGCGUAUGUGCCCCCUUCUGCAGUAGUCUUGGUCUUCCCACAUGCAUCUGUGACAAUGGUGAGUUUUGGCAGAUUUGGUCCCACUUGGUUUAUCAUUCCCCUGCACUCGACCUUACUUUUUGUUCGCAUGGCUUCUAGCACUUCCUUUAAAUGUCGCGAGCAACAUGAACGCCACCCGAAAUGCCGACAAUUGUCAACUUUUGUAGUGUUUAUUCCUUUACCAGUCAACAGUGCCACUUGGCUCUUACCCUUCACGCUGGGCAACCGGGGCAGCGUAAUCUAUGCGGAACGCUCAGUAUUGAAGACGUGCCCACGGACCUGACAGUGAGGGCAGACUCUCAGGAAUAGAGGAUGACUGUUCUGUACAAGGUGUCUGGGACGCCUUCGAGUGCGCCAACUUGAGCACUGGGUCCUUAAAGCGCUUGAAAAUGUCAGCUUUUGGCAACCGACUCAUCGUCGGACUCGUGCGCAGACGCCAGCCCACCACCGGCGUCUGCGGUAUAACUGUUCAAGGUGAUGCAAGGUAGGCAGACCAAAUAUGACCGGACUGUCCCGCUGGACACGGAAAUCUGACGUGCAAGUGGAGGCCUAUACACAGUAGACUUGACAUCCAGGCUGUUAAGGCGGGAAAAAGGGCUUUAAUUCCAUCUCCGACACAAUGCCUCUCAAGUGGACUGCAAUCAGAGGUGUAUUUUGCCCAUCCUUCUUUGCCUAAAAGACUAGUGACUAGGCUAAUUGCGAAAAAGCCAGCCGCCUCGGCGGAGUUUGAAACCGCUAGAGAGGGAGUGUGACUUCAGUACAGCCAGAGCUCUGACCGCCUGAGCUACGAGGCCGCUAGCGAGAGCCUUGAGUUUAGUCGCGAACUUCUCUAGCAUGCAGAAUCCAUCAAUUAUGCAGUAGGUUGGUGGCCCAAACAGGUUUUCUGUGGCCAGUUCGAAAUUCGUUGAGACUGCCGACUUUUUCGCGGUCGGGUGUUCAGCGGCGUCAUUAAAAUAGGCCACAAUACCUACUUACUCAACCUGCCUGAUACUCCUUCUGGUUGUUUAUUCAGAAAAAUCCGCCAUAACUGUCAGCCCACCAUACAAAAUCAGGAAGUUCCAUUUGUUGCCUUGCCCUAUCUGUUGCGGGUUCGAAUUCCACCGUUUUUCGCAAUUGAGUAGUCAGUUCAGUCAUUGUAAUCUACCAAAACCGAAUAAGUUUAUUUAGGUUGAAAGUAAAUGUUGCUGCAUGGAUACAUACUACCGUGACCUCUCAUUUAGGUUAAUGAAGCAUCCGAACUCAAAGUAAGUCCUGUCUACCAUAUACUACUGGGGAUAUCAUGCUCGGACGUUAAUAGAUUCACACCAGGCUUAUGUAAAACCACUAUUCCAUAAAAGGCAAGAACCAGCUAAUAUUUGCAGCCAAGAUAUAUCAGACUUAGAGCCUCCAAAGGCGGCCCGUAGGUGGGCAACUGUCCGAGUCCCCAUGACAGCACUCGCUCGUUAACUCCACAGACUCUUCGGCAAUAUUGUUCAUGAAGGCUCCAAAUGUCCCGUGAAAUUAAAUCGCAGGAUAAAAGCCAAAUUAUCCGAGUAUUCGUUAAUUUCUCUUUUAUCUAAGUCCCAGCCAUCGGUCUUCCCCCUUUCCCCUCCUCCAGCAGGGGCUUCGUGUCUGAUCUGCUGUGUCCUUAAAGUUAAAAUUGGGGAUCAAGUGAAUCAAAUAUGCCAGCCCAUUGUCAUCCCAUCUCCAAAUCCUGGCGAUGCCUACAAAUGGGGUGACCUCUCCAGGGUGGACAGCUCCCAGUGGGAGGUGUUUAACCUCACCAGUGACGAUCUCACUCUGAGUGGCGCUUCCGGAAAGCAGCCUAUACUCUUUAUAGCUCCCCUGGAUUUCAGUCUCACCGCCUCGUCUGCCGUGUCCUCCGAAACAAAACCUCUGCAUAAAGUGUCACCCGUCGGAUUUUCUGUGAUGCUCCUAGACGACGAUAGGCCCUGUUCUUUUGGCUACUGCAAUGCUGGGGUUUGCAAGGAGUCGAACUUCGACCGAGUGGCACGCCUAUGGCCCUGGUUUACUUACUUUGCUGAGAGCCAAUGGAGUGAGUUCCCUCCUUCCAGACUGUAUAACCUGUUUGAAGUCCAUGUCUACCGCAUCUACUGACUGGUGCACGAAUCAGCGUAUCGUCUCGCCGUGCUCCACAGAUACCUGUGCGAUGCGCCACCUCUGCCGCCACCAGAAUAAUCUUAACAGUCGUCAUCCUGAUCACCACCAUAGCUGUCACAAGUGGCGCAAUAUUCUAUCUGGAAUAUUCCUAAUUAACGAUCUGACCCAACCAUGUUUACCAGACAGCUUCCCCCACGGCCACCAGCUUCAGCCGGUAAGACUCUGCGCCUUGAGUCCUUCGGGCAUGCGGGGCUUAUAACCUCGGCCAACCGGUAACAGGGAAAAACAGGUUAAAAAGUCAUGAAAACAGUGCGUGACCGAUCUCAUGAAAUGUUGGCCGAAAUUCUGAAAUUCGUUUUCGAUUAGGAAGAAUUACUUAAGUGGGGUUGUAAUAUUGAUUAGCAUGCGGCGUAAUCCUAUAACAUUUCGGACUCGGCAGGAUGUCAGCUUUUGGAUGCACUCCUUCUUAACUUCCUGCAGAAACCGUACUUGGUAAAAAAGUAAGAAGCAUGCAUUUUUCCUAUGGAUUUCUGAUGGUCUUAUAAAUUCAACUAUAUUUUAUAGAAAACGUGCACAAAAUAAGCUUUAUUUUACUCAUUGGGUAGAAAAUAACAUUGCCUUUGCAUUUUAUGCACGAAGAAAGUGUAUAUUUAGGUUUUGAAAUAGUUUCCCAAUUCCGUAAUAUUUUUGAGUCUGAUCUGCCAUUGCAUCAGUGCUCAGCGAUUUAAGUGAAUAAGGUGCAUGCUUUUCGCGUAACGAACAUCAUAUAUUCCUCUAUGCCUUCAAGAGGACACCAUGUAAAGUUUAUAAAAUUUUGCAAUGGAUCCGAACCCUUCUGUACAUUUUACGGUAGUAAACGGACAUGUGUGGUCCUGUAUGCAUGGACAUCGCAUGGUCUUAAAAAUUGCAUAAUUAGAAACUUUUUAAACCUAGAUAUACACUUUCUUCGUGCAUAAAAUUCAAAGAAAAUGUUUUUUUUUUACCCAAUGAGUAAAAGAAAGCUUACUUUUCUGCAUGUUUUCUAUAAAAUAUAUUUGAAUUUAUAAGGCCAACGAAAAUCAGUGCGGAAAGUGCAUGCUGCUUAAGUAGUCACUUUUUAUUACCAAGUACGGUUUCUGCAGGAGGUCAAGAAGGAGUGAAUCCAAAAGCCGACAUCCUGGCGAGUCCGAAAUACUAUAGGAUUAUGCCGCAUGCUAAUCAAUAUUACAACCCCACCAUCCUUCCUAAUCGAAAACGCAUUCCAGAAUUUCGGCCAACAUUUCAUGAGAUCGGUCACGCACUGUACAUCUGCCACUCGUCAUGCCGUGCUGGAGGAACAACUUGCCUAUACUUCCUACGGCUAUGAUCAUAAGUGAGCCAGCUAACCUUGUUGAUGCUGUGAAUGCUGCCUCUCCUUGUGCGAUGAUCUGAGGCAGCUGACCGGGAGAGCUCAACCUAGUCUUCAGCAAAGCCGAAGACUGAGUACGCAAACUCCAGGAGUCCCCUUGAUAUCGCAUCGAGUGAAAUUUUAUGUGGAUCUGCUUUCCGUCAUCGCGGAUGAGCCGGCGAUGUUGAAUGAAGUGCAUUAGCAUAGAACUCGUGCACCGGAGGGGAUUGUACCCGCAGGGUAGUGGUCACGAGUACCCAUCUCCGACUUCCACUUGUAUAGAUCAGAAUUCGCAACUGUAAAGGACAAAUCAACCUGACGGCGGGUGCCCACCGAUCUUGGUUGUGGCAGAAGUUUCCGGGCGCAUCCAUAGACACCUUUGAAAUUUUGUAACAAAACCCUAUGGUUGCUGGCGCUUCUGUGGACGAUGUUUUCCUUAACUAACUCGUCUGGGGGACUUGCGAAAGUAAGCUCAUUUGGAGCUGACCGACGCGUAGAAGGGGGCUGCACACGGACGAGUACUGAUCUGGCUUCCCCUGUGUAUGCAGUUCCUUGCAAAAUUUCUACCAUCUCUGUCAAGCUAUUCUUAUCGAACCUUAGCGAUCAAAAAGGAGUUUACGAACUUUGUUUUAACCAUGGAAUGAGCCUAAUGCUCAUGCUAUGGGCGUAAAACCGUAGCGUAGGCUGUUUAAGCGCUUUUCUUACGCGCCAUGUAGAACUAGUGUUGCCCGAUAAUGCAUACUUUGGUGAGGGGCCCAUGUUGUAUCAAGCAGACUCGACCUUCUUUGUUAUGUUAACAUCUCAACAAUGUAUGUUCUUUGCAUUACACAAGACUAAAGCAGCCUUGCUUAAAAUCGCCUGCAACUUUUUAGCCGUUCUUUUGUGGGACAACCUCGUCAUCGUGGUAAUAUUACUCAGUCUUUCAAUCUGGAUACCCUGCAGCGUGCUUGUUAGUCAUUUGGUGAGUCUAUGUUGCAUUAGACUGCUCUAUGAGGUUUUUGUUUUAAAAAUACUCCCGACCACGAGCUCUAGUUAGUCAAGAAAGUGAGCCUAACUCUAGGCUAUUGCCAAUACUGUAGUCGGAAACUGUUCUGCAUAACUGGCAUGGGCACGAACUGGAGUAUGGGAAGAGGAUAGGUCGUGACUGACUUCGUUUGUUCCUUUCGGUAGGAGUCGCUUGAGAAUGGGCCAGACCUCAUGACGUGCGCCCAAUUUCUUGUUUGAAUACCUCGACGCCGUCGUCAGCCAGAACCGAAUUCGGAUGAGGGGAUAUCACGGAAGAUUUCGCUCUUAAGAGGGCGCAACUCAUGAGUAAGCCGCCUCAACCGGAGAGUAUGAGAAGCGUAGUUGAUGGGCUACGUUAUCUGCCGGUUGUUUGAUCGUUUUUUUGAGACACAACCCCAGAGACUAAAUUCGAGAAUGAAACUCGGGUGGCGCCGAUGUGGUACCCCAGACGAUGGGUGCCUUCUGGAUGCAUGAACUAUAUCUCACAUUAGUCUCCUCACGGACAGCACGCAAAUUCCAGAGAUUUAGAUAGAGUCGGACAAAGACCGCCCGAGUCUGGUCAGUGUUUCUUCUUUCCCUUGGCUUUUGGGCAGAAAGUUUGGUAAAGAUAGCAGAAGCUGCUCACUAGAACAGUAGUUUUAUAAUUUGCCAUGUUCGGGCUUAAGUAUCUGACCACGAAAUCCGGCGAGAUUUUCUUUGUUUAGGAAGAAUCAAUUUUCAGAUCAACUUCGGCUGCCAUCGCACUUAUCCGAGACACAACACGUAUUUUCACAAUGGAAAUCGCCAGCCUCAUAACCCAUUGCAACACCAGGGAUGGUCUGCUGACACACUGAAAGGCCCAGGGGGACGUUAAAGUGACAACUUUUCCUGUUAUUCACGCUACCCUUAUUCCGAGAUAUGAGGCUUUAAUAUAUCCAAGUAGCUUCGGUUGCAUGCGACGGCGGAUGGCGACUCUUCCGUCUUUGAGGAAAUGAUUUGGGUCUGAGUUUGUGAUGACGAAGACUGGCUCAGCAUCGGUCGGAUUUCCCUUCCUUUAAUUCCCGUUGCAUUCCAGUUGUAAAACAAGUGGUGACACUAGGCUCAGAUACGCAUUGGACCACAAAAUCCUGCUGCCUUUACUCCAAAAGCAACGCCGCCCCACAUGAAUGGGCACCCUAGCCCACUCAAGUUGUUUCUUUAAACUCCGAUGUCAUUGUAACACCAGACACAUGACGCCAUGCCCUCGCCUCUGACGCUCCUAAGAGGACUUCGCCUUGCUAUUUUAGGACAAAAAACUCUCCGAAGCGCACAACCAGGCCGUCAAAGAAUGCCAGCUAUUCUUCACAACAUCGCCUUUAGCCGGACAGCCUUCCUAUCCGAAAUGA